UUGUUUUUCUUACCAAAUUUCAUAUCUAGUAAAUUGCAAUGGGCACUAACUUUCUGGAAAUCUUGUUUGCAGUUAGUGUGCUUUUUGCAUACCCAAGUGUUAGAGAGCUCACAUGUGAAAUGCAAUGAAAGGGAGAGACAAGCACUCCUCAACUUCAAACAUGGCCUUUUAGAUGACUUUGGCAUGCUGUCUACAUGGAGGGACGACAAAAAUAGCAGAGAUUGUUGCACAUGGAAAGGCAUUGAAUGUGACAAUGAAACAGGUCACCUAAGGAUGCUUGAUCUUCGUGGUAGUGAUACACAAAAUCUGAAAGGUGCAAUCAAUUUUACUUCAUUGAUUGAGUUGCAAAACAUGGAAUAUUUGGAUCUUAGUUAUAAUAAUGGUCUCACUGCCGGUCAUAUUUCAGAACUCAUUGGCUCUUUCAAAAACUUAAGAUAUCUCAAUCUGUCACGGUUGUAUUUUAGUGGGAGGAUUCCAUAUGAAAUGGGAAAUCUCUCAAAGUUGGAGUUUCUUGAUCUAAGUUAUAGUGAAGUGAAGGGAGAAAUUCCUUCUCAACUAGGGAAGCUUACUAAGUUAUGGUAUUUAGACCUAAGUUACAACGAUAUUCAUGGAAAAAUUCCUUAUCAACUUGGAAAUCUUUCGCAGUUGAGGUAUCUUGAUCUUUCAGGAUCUUCACUUUUUGGAACAAUCCCUUUCCAGGUUGGAAAUCUUUCGCAAUUGAGGUAUCUUGAUCUUUCAGGAUCUUCACUUUCUGGAACAAUCCCUUUCCAGGUUGGAAAUCUUUCUAUUUUGCACACGCUUAGACUUGCUGGCAAUUUUGAUCUUGAAAUUAAUGAUGCAAAGUGGCUAUUAUCUCUCACUUCGUUAGUGGCUCUUGGCUUGCCAUUUUUUAAUCUUGGUUCCUCUCAACACUUGCUACAAAUUAUCAGUGAGCUUAUUCCAAACUUAAGAGAGUUGAGUCUUAGUGGUUGUAGUCUUUUAGAUGAUAAUAUUUCAUCUUUGUUUCCUUCUCAUUCAAACCUUUCUACUUCUCUUUCCAUCCUUGAUCUCUCUGAAAAUAUGCUCACAUCAUCAACAUUUCAAUUGUUGUUUAACUGUAGCCUUAAUCUCCAAGAGCCUUAUCUUUCUCUAAAUAAUAUUGUUUUGCCGUCUCCUCACUUUCCAAACUUUCCUUCUCUUGUGAUCCUUGAUUUGUCUUAUAAUAAUAUGACAUCAUCAGUAUUUCAAGGAAAUUUCAACUUCAGCUCCAAACUUCGAGAACUUAAUGUAGUAGGUUGCAGUCUUACAGAUAAAAGUUUUCCUGUGCCAUCUACUUCCAUUCAAAUUUCUUCAUCUUCUCUUCGCACCCUUGAUCUGUUCUCUAAUCAAUUGAAAUCAUCAGCUAUAUUUCAUUGGCUUUCCAACUUCACCACCAAUCUUCAUAGGCUCUCCCUUUCUGAAAACUCGUUAGAAGGUCCCAUUCCCGAUGGGUUUGGAAAAGUAAUGAACUCUCUUGAAGUUCUUGAACUUGGAUACAACAAACUGCAAGGUGAGAUUCCAACUUCCAUUGGGAAUAUAUUCACAUUGCAGAAACUAUACCUUCACAAUAAUAAUCUGCAAGGCAAGAUUCCAGCUUCCCUUGGGAAUAUAAGAACAUUGCAGGGAUUAUACCUUCAAAAUAACAAACUAGAAGGCGAGAUUCCAACUUCACUUGGGAAUAUAUCUACACUGCAAGAUUUAUGCCUCAACAAUAACAACUUGAGUGGAGAAAUUACUACCUUCAUUCAAAAUUCUUCAUGGUGCAACAAACAGGUAUUUCAUACUAUGGAUUUAUCUUUUAAUCGGAUUACUGGCAAGCUACCUAGUCUUUCAAUUUUUACAUCAUUGAGGGAAUUAUAUCUUUCAAAUAAUCAAAUAACUGGUGAUAUCACUGAAUUGCAUCUCACAAAUUUGAAAAAAUUGGAGGUGUUAGACUUAACAGACAAAAUAUUGUCUCUAAAGGUUAGUACUAACUGGGUUCCACCUUCCCAAUUAUUUCGUUUGGGACUAGCUUCUUGCAAAUUGGGUCCUACUUUCCCAGGUUGGCUCCACACUCAAACUCGAUUAGAGUUUCUAGAUAUUUCUAAUGCUGGGAUUGAUGACUUUGUACCAGAAUAGUUUUGGAACAAGUUACAGUUUAUAAGCAAGACAAAUAUGUCUAACAACAAUCUCAAAGGUACAAUUCCAAAUUUAUCAAUCAAGCUUACCAAUGCUGAAACAUUUGUAAUUCUGAACUCAAAUCAACUUGAAGGUGGAAUUUCUAUUUUCUUGUCACAAGUUUACCAAUUGGAUCUUUCCAAAAAUAAGAUUACAGAUUUCAGUACAUUCUUGUGCGGAAAGAAUGCAAUUACAGAAAUGCUCACUUUGGAUUUGUCAGAUAAUCAAAUAAUGGGACAAUUGCCCGACUGUUGGGAACAUCUAAAUUCAUUAAAAUUUCUUGAUCUAAGCAAUAAUAAAUUGUCAGGGAAGAUUCCACAAUCCAUAGGUACUCUUUUUAAUUUGAAAGUUUUAUAGUGUAUUUGGAUAGGAAAUUUAAAUAGAGUAAUUCAUUUAUUUGAAGAAUUUCAAAUUCUUUGAAGUGAAAUCUCUUG